UGUUCUGGUUCUGUCAGUUGCACAAUUGAUUUUGAAAUUGAAAUAAAUUAGUUCCACGGUUUAAUCAAUCGGUAUUACGACAAUCGUUAAUGCAAUAUUGAUUAGUCUCAAGUUUAGUUCUCAAGUUCUCAAGGUAGUCAGUGGAAACAAGUGGUUUUCCCCAUUUCACCAAGAAAAUGACUUAUGCUGGACGUGUAAUCGUUUAUGGGGGUAGAGGAGCCCUUGGUGCUAAAUGUAUAUCGCAUUUUAAAGCAAAUAAUUUCUGGGUAGGAUCUAUAGAUUUGACCGAAAAUCCAGAAGCAGAUGUAAACAUUUUAGUGAAAAAGGAAGAUAAUCUUCAAGAUCAGGAAACAUCAAUCCUAUCUUCUGUUAAUUCCUCAUUAAAUGGUUCCAAACUGGAUGGAAUAUUUUGUGUUGCUGGUGGAUGGGCCGGAGGAAAUGCUACUAAAGAUCUGGUAAAAAAUUCUGAACUGAUGUGGAACCAAAGUGUUUGCAGUUCUCUUAUAGCUGCUUCUCUUGCAGCAAACUAUUUGAAGGAAGGUGGUAUUAUCCAACUAACAGGAGCUAAAGCUGCAUUGGAAGCUACUCCAGGUAUGAUUGGAUAUGGCCUAGCCAAAGCUGCAGUACACCACUUGACUAAAUCUCUGUCCCAGAAAGACAGUGGUCUCCCAAACAAUGCAGUAGCAGUGGCUAUUUUGCCUGUGACUUUGGACACACCUAUGAACCGAAAAUGGAUGCCAAAAGCUGACUUUUCUACCUGGACAUCUUUGGAAUUUGUUGCAGACUUAUUCAUAAAGUGGGCCUCAGGAAAAGAUAGACCUCAGAGUGGCAGUUUGUUGAAGCUUGAAACCACUAACCACCAAACCGAUGUUACACCUGCUUAAUCUCCAGAUCUGAUAUCCAGUGAAAACAUGAUAUUAAGAAAGGACCAAGGAUAAUCUCUCGAAUUUUAUUCUAUUAGAUAUAUACUAGGUAUACUAUUUUUAUUGUCUUAAUUGAACUGAUUUUUGUCCCAUUUUUGAUCAACCUGUGUUGAAUUUUUUUCUAGAUCUUUAUUUUUUAUAAUGUUGUUCAGAAUAAAAUAUAAAUGUUGA